CGUGCAUAUAAAGAAACAAGGAGCUCUAAACGUUGCUAUCAUACAAAGUUAAAUAUUGUACUGUAUUCUGGCUCAAACCAAUUUUAAUAAUCUAGGCUUUUGUAGCAUUUCUUGAUAUAUCUCAGGAAAUAAAUAAUGGUCUUCUACGCCUUAGAGUGAUAUAUGGGAAUCUCUUUUCCCACGCACCAUCCUGUUAAUUCAAUAUUAUAUAAGGUAACAUUUAAUUGUAUCAUUGGUGAAAGCACUUCCUGGUAGGAUAUUAUAGCUCUUUCUAAGGUCAUUCCCCCUCAAAGGAUGAACAACACCUUCGAGGAGCCCAUGCAAUCGAUUCUCCUCGUUCCAGAACAGAUGAAAAUUGAUCAAUAUAAUAAAAGGGAAACAAUCAAACAAUACGACAAUCUUUCACUGUAAUACUUCAGCCAAACAAAUAACCAACUUCCACUCCGCUGCUGCUUAUUGACUUUGGGAUUCCUUGAGGGCUGGUCUCAAGCCCACCUGAAAUAAAUCCGCUUAGGCGGAGGAACAGUGAAAUGUGAGAACUAUCCAUAUAUACAUAUAUUCGUUCCCUGACUGCAUAAAUCAAUGGACAAAGGGCCAUUGAAUGAAACGGAGAAAUCCGACAUAAUGCCAAAGACACGAAACCAGAGAGCAGAAGGAGCAUUCAGUAAUUGCCGGUUUUCUAGGAUUUGUGCCGGGAGAUCCAGAAACUCAGAGAUGGUUUUUCAGCUGGCCAAGCUGAAAGUCAUAAAUGCUUGUUUUUCGGAUCGAGCAUUGAAAACUGCUGCAUGUCUGCUAUUCAGGUGCCACAAAGGAGGCGAAACAAAAGCGGGUCGGCAGACAGCCUGGACGAAUUGAGCGCCAGGAUUAGAGAUUACAAAGAUCCUACACAGAGAUCCCUUCUCUGGCCCGACAACAGGUAAUUCCGUCGAAAAUCGUCGGCCAUGUAAACAGACUAGGCAAGGACAACAACUGGUUUAUGACACCCUCGAGAAGAUUGCCAGCCUGCGGAUUAGGGACUCCCUGUUCCCGAUUCAGGUAACAGCAACCGAUUAGUUUUGGUCCCGUUUUUAGCGAAUGAAUGAAAUGCGUUGGGGAAAUACCUGAUCCGCGUUCGAUCCCCAGGUACGUGAUGGGAAAUCCUCGGGCAUUUGGCUGCGCCGUUUUGUGGGAGGCUCUGCAAUUACCUAAUGUUGCAUAAAACGGAUGGCCAGGAGGAGGGGCAGCACAGUCGUCUCAAAGACAGCAAAGCGAACACCACUCCUUGAUAUCAAUCUGAAAUGGAUAGCUACAACCACAAGAAAUUCACUGGCGCCCUGAAGCGAAAGCGCAGCAUGGAUGCGGACUCCGAUGACGAUGUGGUCUUCAUCAUGGAGCAGCCGGGCCAGCGCACUCCAGAGCAGCCACAGCCCAAGCGACGCUUCUUCCGACCCUGGACGGAUGAGUCCCCGGAAAAGGAGCAGCCACAGCCGCCCCGUAAGAUUGUGGCUGCGUCGACACCGCCGCCACCGCAAUUGGAUGCCACCUACCACGCCAACAUGGUGCGCAACCACCACAAGCGCCGCCAGCGCAGUCCGCAGGAGCAACUGCGUCGGGAUCGCAACACCUUGGCCAGCCUGCGCCACCGCCGCUCCCAGCAGCAACAGCAGCAGCUCAUCGAACAGCAGUACCUCACCAGUCGCAUCCAGCACGAGGCCAAUCUGCAGCAGCAGAUCCGCCUGAGCCUCUACUACGUCCGCUUCCUGCAGCAGGCGAUGGCUUCCACGGAGCCACUGCCUCCCACGCAGUCGAGGCACUUGAUGCCCCGCCAACAGACCACCACCCAUCAUCCUUGA